UUUAUCCAGAUCCCUCUGCAAGUCCUCUCAUCCCUCGAUAUAUUCAACAGCACUUCCCAGUUUAGCAUCAUCAGCAAGCUUACUAAUGUGCCUUCACCAACGCAGAUUGUGGUAACAUCCAACAAUUUCAAAAGUAUCUUACAUUGGCAGUACCCGCCUAUGUCUGAAACUCCUCAUUUUAUUGUGGAAAUCAAACCUUACAAUUUAGGUUACUAUAAGAUCAUCUCAUCUUGUGUGAACACUUCAGCUCAUUUUUGUGACUUCUCAAGCGAAAUAUCUGAGCCUUUAACUUCUCACUGGCUUCGAGUUAAAGCUGUUGUUGGGUCACAACAGUCUGAGUAUGUUGAGACAAAUGAGUUUAUUUUGCAAAAGCAUGGAAAAAUAGGACCACCAACACUGAAUCUCUCAAGGCACGGUGAUAAAAUCGUGGUUGAUAUUUACCAUCCUGCAUUCCCAUCUGCGGAGCUUCUUCCUCAGAUCAGUGGCAUUUAUUCAGAGCCCAUGUACUUGGUGACUUUUUGGGAUCGUAAAAAUCAGAGUAAAGAAGAGUUUGCUGAAGACAACUGUACGAUGUAUAAAUGUAGCCUCAACAUUUUUGAAGGGUCCACUUACUGUGUUUCAGCGAAGGGAAGUUUUUAUGGCGAUCUGAUGAUUGGUGCCCCAUCAGAAGAAAGCUGCAUCCAUGUUCCUCUCAAACAGACACUGAGCAUGCAGGAUAUUAUCAUUGUCUGUAGUGUCAUUCUGAGCCUGAGUGUAAUUUUGACAGUAUGUUGUGGCUGCAGGAAGCUAAGGAAGAACAACAUAAAGCUGCCUAAGUCUUUGGUCAGUGUGAUAAGAAACCUGAACACAGACAGCAUUUUAGAAGCAAAAUCAGAGGCAAAAUACAUUUCUGUAAUAAGCUUCGUGCCAGGCCAGUCAGCGUUGCCCGUGAAUGAAGGAGUAACCUUGCUGAAAGCAGAGCCAAAAGAAGAAACUCUUAGUCCUCAGAAUUCCAGUGAAGAAGCAUCUUCUGUUCCUCCCCCAGAGGCACCAGCCGAAGCAGAAGAGGUGUCUGUGCAGGAAAGCACAGAGGAGGUAUCUUCGGAUGAUGAACAGAAUCACAAAGUAAAAGAGAGUUAUUUCAUUUCUAACAGUAGCCAAAUGGAUAUAUGCAGUAACUCUUCGGGUCCAGAGGUUUCUGCGACAGAAAUACAAGAAACAGUCAUUCCAAGCAGCUGCCUCAAGUUUUCUGGCUAUGACAAGCCUCAUGUGCCAUUAGAUAUGUUGAUAGAUGUUGGCGAGGAACAGCCUGUGGUUGCUUACAGGCUGACUGAGUAA